UAUUCCACAGAAUUCUAUUAUUAUAUUUGAAGGGAAAGAAAAGUAACCAGAAAUUUCACAGUUACCGGAUUCAAUUGCUCGAAAUCACGGAGUACAUUUUUGCGUGACACACGACUAAAUUAGAAGUUUAUUAUUAUUGGUUAAUGGAACAGGGGAAUUGAAAUUGUUAAUAGUUGAGGAGAAGCAUUAAUUUUGAUUUAAUAAUAAUGGGAGAGCAUAUACUAGUAGGUUAGUUGCAUCUUGUGAUUGAGAGCUGAUUCAUCCAACAAAAGGGGGGGGGGGGGAAUACUAUUAGAAAAAUCCAAAAAAUAGAGGAAAAAAGAAAAUAAGAAAGAAAGAAAACAUGAGAAGUUGCGAGAGGAGCGAGGAAAAAAAAAAGGAAAACUAAACUAUUGAGUCCAGGCCCAAAACUUGGGCCCACAAAGGCCAUCAACUCCACUAUAUAAACGGCGCAUCGUCGUUCAGGAAAUCCUCGCUCACUCCUACCCUAGACACCAUUUUUCUCCCUGAGAAGAUAAAUCUUCUAACAGAGAAUUAAGAAAAAAAAAAAAAAAAUUCCCCACCCACUUUCCUCAUUAAUCACCCAUUUCCGGCUUUUGACUGUUUGGUCCUUCCUUUCCUCUCCGUUUCUUCCGCUUUCCGGGAAAAUUUCUUGGGGUUUCUUGAGAUCUGCAUGAUUCUGGGUUCCUAGAUUCAUUCCGGCGUUCCACUUCCAAUCGGUUUGAAUUCCCCGAUUUGGGUUCCGUUGUGGGUAUUUCGAAAUUUCAAUCCUUUUCUUCUGACUGUGCGGCGUGGGGAUUAGAGAGAAGUGUCUGGUAAAGAGAGGGUGUUGCUCCGGCGGUGAUUGUUCCUUCUUCUGCUUCUUUUGAGGGGGUAGCCGGGGCUCCGGCCUCGGCGGGUUCUAAAGCCCCCACCUUCACACACUAUUCGAAAUCACCGCGAAAAUUUUUUAGUUACAGAGAAGAUUUUUUUCUCACCGUUCAUGGUUGGAACUUUUAUCUUCCUUCCUUCCUGACAUAGUUUGCUAACAGAAGAGAAAGAAAGAAAAAAAACCCAGAAGAGGAAAUCGGUCGUCGGAACAGGAUGCCUGCCUUAGCGUGUUGCGUUGAUUCUGCUGUUGUCCCACCAGGCUACGUUUUCGGCGCCGGGGAUGGCUCCAUUCCGUUCGCCGGCGUCCCUCCGGCGACAAUCACCGCCGACAACGCUCCUCCUGCCGCCAUCACCACCGCCUGGUCGCCCGACCGCUCCGCCUCUCUCUACCGUGUCGACGGCUGGGGCGCUCCUUACUUCGCCGUCAACGACUCCGGCAACAUUUCCGUCCGUCCCCACGGCGGCGACACCCUCCCCCACCAGGAAAUCGACCUGCUGAAGAUUGUGAAGAAGGUUUCGGAUCCGAAAUCUGUCGGUGGGCUCGGGCUGCCGCUUCCGUUAAUCAUCCGCCUCCCAGAUGUGCUGAAGAACCGAUUGGAGUCUCUGCAGUCGGCUUUUGAUUUCGCGAUCCAAUCUCAGGGCUACGACGCCCAUUACCAGGGAGUCUACCCUGUGAAAUGUAACCAAGAGCGGUUCGUAGUGGAAGACAUCGUGAAAUUCGGGUCCCCGUUUCGGUUCGGGUUGGAAGCCGGGUCGAAGCCGGAGCUUCUUCUGGCCAUGAGCUGCCUCUGCAAAGGAAACCCAGAUGCCUUCCUGGUCUGCAAUGGGUUCAAGGAUGCAGAGUACAUCUCCCUUGCGCUCCUCGCGAGGAAGCUCGCUCUCAACACAGUGAUUGUUCUUGAGCAGGAAGAGGAGCUCGAUUUGGUCAUCGCUCUCAGCCAGAAGCUCUCAAUUCGCCCUGUAAUCGGCGUCCGCGCCAAGCUGAGGACCAAGCACUCCGGCCAUUUCGGUUCAACAUCGGGGGAGAAGGGGAAAUUCGGUCUGACCACGACCCAGAUUCUCAGCGUCGUGAAGAAGCUCGAGGAGGUCGGAAUGCUUGAUUGCUUCCAGCUCCUGCAUUUUCACAUCGGAUCUCAGAUCCCGUCCACCGGCUUGCUCGCCGAUGGAGUCGGCGAAGCUGCCCAGAUCUAUUCUGAACUGGUCCGUCUCGGCGCCAACAUGCAAGUCCUCGACAUCGGCGGUGGGCUCGGAAUCGACUACGACGGCUCCAAAUCCGGCGAUUCGGAUCUCUCCGUCGCCUACGGUCUCGGAGAGUACGCUCUCGCCGUCGUCCAGGCCGUGAAAUUCGUCUGCGACAGGAAGAACAUCAAGCACCCUGUUCUCUGCAGCGAGAGCGGCCGGGCAAUCGUCUCCCACCACUCCAUCCUCGUCUUUGAAGCUGUUUCCUCCACCGUGUCGAAAGCCGCUACCAUGACGCCGCUCGCCCUGCAGUACUUCGUCGACGGGCUGACGGACGAUGCCCGCGCCGAUUACCGCAACAUGACUUCCGCCGCCAUGAGAGGUGAGUACGAGACCUGCUUGCUCUAUGCUGAUCAGUUGAAACAGAGGUGUGUGGACUUGUUUAGAGAUGGCACCAUAGGAAUGGAACAUUUAGCUGCUGUUGAUGCCUUGUGUGAAUUCGUGGGGAAAGCAAUUGGUGUGGCUGAGCCGGUGAAAACUUAUCAUGUGAAUCUCUCGGUGUUCACUUCGAUUCCUGAUUUCUGGGGGAUCGGCCAGCUUUUCCCGAUCAUCCCGAUUCAUAGGCUCGAUGAGAGGCCUGGAGCUAGAGGGAUAUUGUCCGACUUGACCUGUGAUAGUGAUGGCAAGAUCAAUAAGUUCAUCGGUGGAGAGGAGAGCUUGCCCCUUCAUGAGAUUGAAGGAAAUGGUGCUGGGAAUGGUAAUGGCCCAUACUACCUGGGGAUGUUCUUGGGAGGGGCUUACGAGGAGGCGCUCGGUGGAGUCCACAACUUGUUCGGUGGUCCGAGCGUGGUGAGAGUGUCACAGAGCGACGGGCCUCACAGCUUCGCGGUGACAAGAGCCGCUCCAGGCCCUUCGUGCAGUGAUGUACUCCGCAUGAUGCAUCAUGAGCCGGAGCUGAUGUUCGAGACCCUCAAGCACCGUGCUGAAGAGAUGAUGUAUGAGGAUAGCAGCGACGAUGGGGAGAGCAGCAUGGAUCAUCAUCACCACCACCGCGGCAAUGCAGCUGUUGCCAGCUGCCUUGCAAGGUCGUUCCACAACAUGCCGUACCUGGCAGGUGCCUCGUCCUGCUCGCUGACUGCUGCCAUGAACAACAGUGGUGGUUUGUACUACUGCAGCGACGAGGAUGGUUAUGAUGCUGCUGGUGAUUCUGCUGUGGCCUCAGCCGAGGAUGAGCAGUGGAGCUAUAUCUGCGCCUGAGAUUCUGCCCGUCCCCCAAUUAUCAGUUCCUUCCCUGCUUCCUUAUGAUAUGUUAUCUUUAAUGGUUUCGUUGGUUGGUCCGUUGUACGCAGUUGUUGGUCGAGCGGUUGUCUGGUUAUUUCUUUCUUGAAAUUUUUCGUUCGUUAUCGAAUAGUUCGAGUCGAAGCGAGCCAGGAGAUGCAUUUGCAGCCCUGUUUGCAAACUGUUGCUGGAUGCAUCUUCCUGCUGUGUCUUCCUUAUUAGACCUCCAUCAAGAGCUUUUAGUCUUGAUAAUAAUAUUAAUGAUGAUAUAAGUUCAUUAUGACGAUCUCUGUUAGAUGCAUGAGUGGUAGUACAUUAACGAUCGAGAUUGCAUGAUCGUCGUGCUAUCCUGAUUGGCUCUGCUGAUACCCAUUCUAUCUAUCAGCAUGAUUGCAACAUUCAAUAUCUGUGUUCUUGUGGAAGGGAUCUGGGAAGGUCUCUGUUGAUGAUGAUGAUAAGGCAGAUUCUGGGUCAGCUGGUUCCAUCCCCAAUUGGAGGAGUUAUCUCUCCUGAAUUUGGGGGGUUUAGAGGAAUGGAAUUAGGGCUUGUGAUCUUCUGUAGGGCCUCAUUACAGUGCAUGAAGAGAUUCUCUGCAAAAUCAAAGUCUUGUGGUGCACCAGUUGAAGUGUAAAGUGUCGCUUUGUGUAUGGUUUGAUUUGUAUGUCCGGCAUCUCGGCAAGUUGCCGUUUUCUUCUGCGGGAGGGCGCGUUCAGUUUUGACCACAGGGCUUUCGUGUGCAAAUUUGGUCCUCAAAACCUUUUCUUGUGGUGGAGGGAAACUCAAAUAGUCCCAAUUCCUUUCAUGGGUUGAUUGCGCAAACCGUCACUGAACUUUGGCAUCACGAGCAAUUCGGUCACUGAAUCUCUAUACUCUAUAAAAUUAUUAGAGAGUAUAGAAUAACCUAAUUUGGAUAUGCGUUUGGUCAUGUCCAGAUAUUGUUAUUCUAGACACGGGCUGAUCAUGAAGUUUGGAAGAAUCUAAAUAUGAUUAGAGGUUUAGUCAAGCCUUUUUGUCCAGAUGAACAUGUCGACUUACGCAAAUCGGUACGAAAGGGCAAUGUGGAGCCUCUGGCUAGCAAGCUAGUAUGCUGGGGUUAGGGGGGGUGUAGAGAUUGAAGUGGUUUUGAGUACUCUAGUUUGGAUUGUGGUUGUGUAAUGGGUCCGAUUCCGCUUGAAUAUGGUUAGAAAAUGAACCGGCUACAUACUUACGCGCUGGCUGCGGUGGUUGUUUACUUGGUCCUUCUAGUUUAAACUUGAUUGAGUUGAUAAGCCAAUGUUAACAAUACGACGUAAAACAUGAUGAAGAUUGGCAAAUUGAUUGUCGCAUCAGAGGUAUUUACUAACCAUGUUUGCUGAAAUCGAGGCCGAGUGAUCAAUUUGUUAGGUACCGACGUUUAGUGACGAUUUCGAUAAUUGACGCACUCCUUUAGAGGAUAGGAAAUGAUCGGGGCGGGGUGGAGGUGGAGAAUUUUGAAACGCACAAACAAGGGAUUGUGUCCACAGGGGGAGCGUUUGGCAAUUGCCUUUUUGCAGAAGACAGCUGUUCUAAGUUAAUCAAGGAAACAUGUUAAGACAAGUAGUAUUCUUUUGCACUUAGUUUCCUUGAAGGCCAUAACUUUUUCCCUUCCUUUUAUAGGAUUAGACUAGAAAAGAUGUAUUGUUAUGUGAACACAUUUUUACUCUAUGCCUAACUUCUUUCUUUGUUGAAAGACAGGCCAAGAAAGAAGAAAGGGCAGAGAAGGAAAGGCCACAAAGUUAGUACUAAUUAGAGGUCAUGUUGAACCUUCCAAGCUGCAAUUUUGGGUUGGUUUGUGUUUCAUCUUUAUCCUCUAGUAGUCACUAGGUGGCGAUGCCGCGUCUUGUCGCAGGGCGGAGAUGGCAUAUGGGCAUGUAUUAUGUCGCCUGUUAUGUUGUUUUGUUAUUAGUAUUAGCAUAAAAUUAAUUUUUUGUUAACAGUUUUGUUAGUAAUAUUGACUGAGAACAGAUAUAUGGCUAACGACGAUCAACAUCCAAUUUAAAAUUUUGAAAAUUUUGGCUAAUAAAUGAUAUUUACCUAAAGCCAAGUAGACCCAUUGAUUAUGGGUAGGGUAUGAGUGACGUAUAUAUGACGUUGAAAGUUUGUAGAUGGGUUUGGUAGGGUAUGUAUAUUUAAUUUUAUAAUCUAGAUGUGUAUGAGUUGAGUAUAGAUACCCAUUUAUUUGAGGGUGUUUUAUUCAAUGAUUUUACACUAAAAUUAAAUUUAGAGUAUCAAAAUGUAAAAUGUACAUUAUAGUGACUAAGUUGUAAUUUAAUGAAAUCUAAGGUAUCAAAAUAGUAUAUUUUUAGGCAACAGUAACUAUGCUUUAACUUUAUAUAUAAUAAUGUCAAAGCAACUUGGCCUAUUAGGUUCCUUGGUUUUCUUUUAAAUAAUUGAGAAAAUUUUGGGAGAGCAUUGUGAAGAAUUGGAGGAUUAGAUUAGAAACAAAAAUAUGAAUUAGAAAAGGAUGGCUAAAGCACAUUCUUAUAAACUUCAAUCAAAAUCUUAGUCGACCCGAACACAGCAAACCACAAAAUUAUAUCUAGACUAUUCAUCGUUCCUCAUCGGUGUCCCAACAUUCGAAUCGAGAAUAUGAUGAAUCAUUCUGAAAUUCUCGAGUGACCAAUUUUGUUUUGGGAGUUGUUAAAUUUUCCAAUUUGAUCUCGUCAUGUGAUUUGCAUGUAGAACUUGAUAAUCGACUUUCGGCAUUACAAUCACAAAAACUUUUGAUUCUCAUCCAUCAAAUGGGAAUAUAAACACACCCAAAACGAACCCUUUUGAAAAGAAUUAGUUAGUUUAAGAAAUUUUGGGUCAACUUCCACCAAAGGUUAAUACAAACAAAUGGGUUAAGAAUAAAGAGCACCACCUUUCACAUGCUUUGUGUAGCUUUGACAUACUUAGAAGGGUAAUCAAUGGGUUCAAAUCAGAUUCAAAUUCCCAAUUUAACAUUAAGAAACAAUAUUUCUUUCU